AUGCCAAGUCGUUCAAGACCCAGAAUUCGUUCAGCGUCAACAGGAAGAGACAAAAAUUCAGAAUUAAGAGCCAGAUAUUGGGCAUUGUUGUUUGGUAAUUUGCAAAGAUCAAUUACUGAAAUUUACAAUACAGUUGAAACCCACGAAAGUUUAACGGAAUGCCAAGAAGUUAUCCUGGUAUUGGAGAAUUAUUUGAGAGAUUUUUCUGCUUUGGCUGAUUGGUUUAAGUUGAAAUGGGAUUAUGAGAAUACUCCUGUACCCCAAAGACCAACGUCGUUAGCUUGGGAUAUUUCAAAAACAAACUUGUCAAAACCCAGCCGAUCUGGCAAAUCAAGCCCUAUGUUGGGAAGUGGCAGGGACAGUCCCAACCCUAAUCUUUCUGGAAAGAUUAGUCCGAGGAUCCUACCUAAUAAAUGCAAAAACUGCACAUGUUACUCGUGUCCAUCAAGUCCUUUGCCACCUCUAGACCAAUCAAUACCCGAAGGCAAGAUUAUAAAUACUAAUGAUUCUGACUGUUCAUCAAAAACAACUUUAAAACAAGAACAAAAGCAAGCUUGUGAGGAUUUGGAAAAAGGAAUUGAAAAUUCCCCAUGCAAACUCCAACAACCCAAAGUUGAUACUAAUUUAAAAAAGAAAAGUGAUGCUAAAGCUGUUGACGCUAAGGCAAAAACCACUAAUGUUGCCAACAGGGCUACCAAUAAGGCAGAACCAAAAAUAGUUACUUCAAAAAGUAAAUCUGUUGCAAUCAAGCCUAAAACUAAUGAAACCGUUAGCAAGCCAUUAGGGAAAUCUUCAUUCAAAAGCAGCAAUGAUGAUUUAAAAUUUGCUGGCAAAGAACAGAUUUCAGCUGAAUCUAAUCCACCAAAUAUUAAGGAAAAUUCUUUGACUACUGUAGAAACCAAACAUCAACCAGCUGAAGCUAAACCAGAAGCGGCUCCAAACAUUGACCAGAAGAAGCAGGGCUUUGACUUGGAUCUAACUGAAAAUGUUGCCAAUUUUUUUUCUAGUUGCACCAUCAAAAAUAUCGAUUCUCCCAGUGAAGAUCAGAGGACUUAUGAUAUUUUAAGGAAAGUUGGAGUGGAGAGUGCAGAAAAAAGUACUAGCACUGAUGAUUUUCCUAGACUUCCUUUAAAAAAAUCCAACACUGCCAAAGUCCAUGCAGAAUCUCAAACUGAACCAGAAACGCCAGAACCUGGAAAGAAUAAUACUACGACAAAACUCAUUAAACCUGAAGCAGCGCCAAUCAGGCCUCAAGUAGCGACCAAAUCUACUAGCGUUAAUAUCACAGAUAACAAACCUGCAAUUUCUAAACCAGCAGUCAGCACUAGACCAGCAUAUUCAAUGGCCUUAACGAAGAGUGCUUCAGCUAAAAUCGUUCCUCCAAGACCAAAAGUGGAAGUAAGAAGUAAUGCUAGUAGCAGUGCAAGAAGUGCUCAGGCUACUAAUACUCAAAGAGGACAACAAGGAUUAACACGGAGUAGAACUGUUAGUGAUAUGAAAUUUUCUAGAAAUUCCAAUAUAUCCAAAACCAAUAAUAUCCCUCUUCGCGACAAUAAUAUUCCGAAUAAUAAUGGACAGAAACCGAAUCAGAAAAUGCCACCCAGAAGACCAUUUUCGUUGAUGCAAAAAAGUAAAACUACUCUGACCAAGGAGCAUUUGAGCAAAAGUUUGUGUUUGGACGAAUAUGCUAGUUCGGAAACAUUAGUUCCUCAGGUGGAUAUUUAUUGUUUCAAAUGGGACAUGUAA